CUCGUAACUGCCAUUCUUUCCUCAUCCCAAUCUCCCUGCUUCAAAGUUUGGCGUGCUUCUGUGUCAGUGUGACCAAUUCGUCUGCAUCUUUCUUCUUAUCAAUCUCUCAGACACCGUCCACCAUGUCCUCGCAGGUCACUCCCUCCAAGCAGGCUGCUUCCUCCCUUGAGAACCUCAAGAUGAACGACUCGCCUGUCAAGAAGCUCAACUUCGAAUCUGUCGGCAAGGAGAACGCGCCUUCGUCCACUCCCGUCGACGUGACCGCCACCAAGCCUGUGGCGGAAAAGCCUGCCGAAGCUUCUUCGAUUGCGGCCCAGAUCAAGGAGAUGGAGGCCAACGAGCCUUUGCUCCAGGAAAACCCCCAUCGUUUUGUCCUCUUCCCCAUCAAGUACCAUGAGAUCUGGCAAAUGUACAAGAAGGCCGAGGCCUCUUUCUGGACCGCCGAAGAAAUUGAUCUCUCGAAGGAUUUGCACGACUGGAACGAGCGUCUGAACGACGAUGAGCGCUACUUCAUCUCCCGUGUUCUCGCUUUCUUCGCCGCCUCCGACGGCAUUGUCAACGAAAACCUGCUGGAGCGUUUCAGUGGAGAGGUGCAGGUUCCCGAGGCUCGUUGUUUCUACGGCUUCCAGAUCAUGAUCGAGAACAUCCACUCGGAAACCUACUCUCUCCUGAUCGACACCUACAUCAAGGAGCCCAAGCAGCGCACCUACCUCUUCGAUGCCAUUGACACCAUUCCCUGCAUCAACAAGAAGGCUGAAUGGGCCAUCCGGUGGAUCCAGGACAAGGAGUCGACCUUCGGAUCUCGUCUCGUCGCCUUCGCCGCUGUCGAGGGUAUCUUCUUCUCUGGAUCCUUCGCCUCCAUCUUCUGGCUGAAGAAACGUGGUCUGAUGCCCGGUCUCACUUUCUCCAACGAGCUGAUCUCUCGUGACGAGGGUCUCCACACUGAUUUCGCCUGCUUGCUGUUCUCUCACCUCAACAACCGCCCCAGCAAGCAGGUUGUGGAGGACAUCAUCGUCGAGGCUGUCGCCAUUGAGAAGGAGUUCUUGACCGAUGCCCUUCCUUGCGCUCUGCUGGGUAUGAACUCCAAGCUGAUGUGCCAGUACAUCGAGUUCGUGGCCGACCGUCUCCUGGUGGCCCUCGGCAACUCGAAGUACUUCAACGCCACCAACCCCUUCGACUUCAUGGAGUCGAUCUCCCUGGCCGGCAAGACCAACUUCUUCGAGAAGCGUGUCGGUGACUACCAGAAGGCCGGUGUUAUGGCAAGCACCAAGAAGGAUGCCGCUCAAGAAGAGACGAAGACCGGCAACGGUGGUCUCUCGUUCGACGAGGACUUUUAAACUGAUGCCACACGACUAUACCCGGCCUUGUGGGCGGCCAUUGGAUACGAGCUAAUUUGUUUUCAUUUUUACUACCCUUUGCAAUUAUUGUUUUUCGGCAGUGCUAUUGAUUUAUGAGCUUAUUUGAGGGAUGCGCAUGGGACUGGCGUUUGAAGGCAGGAAUUAUUGACGUAUUAAUGUCUCACCACAUUCGAUACGUGCUUGUAUGGUAUGGAAUGGAUGGCGGACUGUAUUUAAAUGAAUAGGAUAUCAUUGUACAUUCGAGUUGGAUAUUUCAUUUUGUUCACAUAGUCUAGAAUCAAGUGAUUGGC